CUUCCUGUUCACUCGUGGCUAGAGGACGUUGGUGUCACACAGAAGAAGGGCUCGCCAAGUAUUUUUAUUUUCCACCAAAGUAAGCAGAGAACUAACAAACAAUAUGUUUGCCCGUGCUGUGAGACCUACCGUGAGCCUGGCUCGGAGCCUUUCUACCUCUACGCAGAACAACGCCAAGGUUGCAGUGCUGGGGGCGUCCGGAGGCAUAGGCCAGCCACUCUCUCUGCUGCUGAAGAACAGCCCCUUGGUGAGCCACCUCUCUCUGUUUGAUAUUGCCCAUACCCCCGGCGUGGCCGCAGAUCUCAGCCACAUCGAGACAAGGGCCAAUGUGACCGGCCACAUGGGCCCCGAUCAGCUGGAUGCUGCUCUUCAAGGCUGCGACGUCGUGGUCAUCCCCGCCGGUGUGCCCAGAAAACCCGGCAUGACCCGUGAUGAUCUCUUCAACACCAACGCCACCAUUGUAGCCACCUUGGCCGAUGCCUGUGCCCGCAACUGCCCCGAGGCUAUGAUCUGCAUUAUUGCUAACCCUGUCAAUUCCACCAUCCCCAUUGCAUCAGAGGUCAUGAAGAAAUAUGGAGUUUACAACCCCAACAGAAUGUUUGGUGUCACAACCUUGGACAUUGUCAGAGCCAACGCCUUCGUGGCAGAGCUCAAAGGUCUUGACCCAGCUCGUGUCAACGUACCAGUCAUUGGAGGUCAUGCUGGGAAGACGAUCAUUCCCCUCAUCUCCCAGUGCACACCAAAGGUCGAGUUCCCUGCUGACCAGCUCGCUGCUCUGACAGCCAGGAUCCAGGAGGCCGGCACUGAGGUGGUGAAGGCCAAGGCUGGAGCCGGUUCUGCUACCCUGUCCAUGGCUUAUGCUGGAGCCCGCUUCACCUUCUCCGUCCUGGACGCCAUGAAUGGAAAGGAGGGUGUGGUGGAAUGUGGGUAUGUCAGGUCUGAGGAGACAGAGUGCAAGUACUUCUCCACACCUCUUCUUCUGGGGAAGAGCGGCAUCGAGAAGAACCUUGGACUGGGCAAGCUGACCGCCUUCGAGGAGCAGCUGGUCGUUGAAGCCAUGACUGAGCUGAAGGCUUCUAUCAAGAAGGGCGAGGAUUUCGUGGCUAACAUGAAGUGAACAGGGAGCAUUAUAUUGUAAAAAAAAAAAAAAAAAGCAGCAGUUGUGAUUGAUCAUUUGUUCCAUCCUACCUAAAGCCAUCUGGGUAAAACUGAAAAUCACAGUGUUUCCCCUUUUUGUUUUCGUUUUGACAGUAGAAUUUUCUUGAUUCAGCAAUCCUGGUGUUAACCAGUGUACCAAUGUAUUAUUUUCUCUUACCUUCUUAAACAUGGCUUUCUUGCACUAUGAUUAUUGUCCGUGAAUUAACUAUAUUUAGCAAAUGUGAAAUUUUAACGAAAAUUCAUGUAUUUCCAUGUACAGCCUGUAUUAAUGGGGAUUUCUCUGCAUAAGGAAUGAGGAGGAAAUACUGUCAUCAUGCCUGUUGAUGCUACUGGAUGUUACUGAUGAACAAAAUACUCACUCCAUAAAUAAAGUUUAAGCUUAGCUUUAAAAAA